UUGGAAGCUUGAACUACCUCAAUUACUCAAGUAACUCGCGGCAACACAUUUCGCGCGCCAUCGCUGUUUUCUCUGCUCCAGCUACCGAGCAGCAUUGCUUUAGAUCGCUUUGAUGUCAUAAACUCCCACUUAUAUGAGAUCCAGUUUCAUCGAGCCCAAGCCCAGAGCGCAACCUGUCUUAAGCCGCGGCAGGGCGUCCAUGCGCCUCGCGCAAAGCCGUGCUCUCGUUGCGCGUGUCAGCUCCGCCCUGUGGCCGGGAGCAGGACUUUCACAGGCUCAAAGCGUUGCGGUGCGAAUGGCGAGUUCGUCAACCUGGGAAGGCACGGGCCUGAGCCAGGAUGACUUCAUGCAGCGGGACGAGUGCUUGGUGGUGGACGAGCAGGACCGGCUGCUAGGCACCGCCAACAAGUACGACUGCCACCGCUUCGAGGCGGCCAAGGGCCAGCCCUGCGGCCGCCUGCACCGCGCCUUCUCCGUGUUCCUGUUCAGCCCCGACGGCCGACUGCUGCUGCAGCAGCGCGCAGCCAGCAAGGUGACGUUCCCGGGUGUGUGGACCAACACCUGCUGCUCGCACCCGCUGGCGGGCCAGGCGCCGGACGAGGUGGACCUGCCGGCGGCGGUAGCCUCGGGCCAGGUGCCGGGCAUCAAGGCGGCGGCGGUGCGCAAGCUGCAGCACGAGCUGGGGAUACCGCCGGAGCAGGUUCCCGCCUCCUCCUUCUCCUUCCUCACGCGUCUGCACUACUGCGCCGCCGACACCGCCACGCACGGCCCGGCGGCGGAGUGGGGCGAGCACGAGGUGGACUACGUGCUGUUCGUGCGGCCGCAGCAGCCCGUCAGCCUGCAGCCCAACCCAGACGAGGUGGACGCCACGCGCUACGUGACGCUGCCGGAGCUUCAGUCCAUGAUGGCGGACCCCGGCCUCAGCUGGAGCCCCUGGUUCCGCAUCCUGGCCACACAGCCCGCCUUCCUGCCCGCCUGGUGGGGCGACCUGGAGGCGGCGCUGGCGCCGGGCGGCAGCCGACUGUCGGACUGGGGCACCAUCCACCGCGUCAUGUGAAGAAAAAGGGGAAGCAGGGGCGGGAGCGGGGGAUGAAUGGGAAUGUGAAUGCGAUUGUGAUGCGGCGUGGGAUGAGGUCUGAAGACAGGGGGAAAAUCGGGGGGCGGGCGUGAGCGUGUGUGUACGUGAGCGACAAAGCCGGGAGGCGGACCGCGCGAUGGGUACAUGUGUGUGCGGAGGGUCGGUGGGUCGGUCGGUUGCGCGGCAUAGCGUGUUGUGUGUGUGCGGCUGCGCGGGUAUGUGGGCACCCGGGCACGGAGGAGAAGGCACACGCAGGUGGCGCGGAGGUGUGUCAGGGGCCAUGGGCGGGCCUCACUCCUGGUCGUGCCCAGUGGUGUCGUGGGCAGAGUGGCAGGGGCUGCACCCAUAUGAGCGGCGCACUGCCGCGCUGGGCUAAGUCCUUAUCACUUGGUGAGGUGGGGCGAGGUGGCUGUGGGCGGCGGGCGCAGUGGCAGAAGGACACGGUGUGUGAGCGGUGGAGCUCUGGGCCGUGCCGGCCGUGAGGGGCGGAUAGCGAUAUGACGUUGUGCUUGGCCGCUGUAAUGCGGGAGAAUGUGCAGGCCGCGAGAAGCGGGCGGUGGCAGGAGGCCGCAGGCUGCAGCACCCGUUGGGGAGGUGCCGCCUGCAGGCGCGGCGCCGGGCGGGCCUGAGUAAUGGGCGCCUGAGUAGUGGCGGCCACAGGAGGCGCAGGAGGCAGCAGCAGGAGGACGAGCUGGAGGGACCCGUUGGCAACCCAAGGCUUGCGCGUGUAACAUAGUGGCCAU